AUGACAGAUUCAUAUCAACAUUUUCAUUCCAUCUAUACUAAUACAAAUGUUACUGCUCCAACUGUAUCAUCAUAUUUUGCAUCCUCAUCAUCUUCUAUUGAUAUACAACCUGAUUAUCAAUCAAGAGCAUCACAAUGGGACUCGACUGUGAUGAAAAUGCAUAGCCACGAUGUCACAUCAACAUCGAAUUCUAGCAAUAGUUGUACUAGUGCUAGCAAACAACCGUGUCUCGUAUGUCAUGAAGAAUCAUCCGGCUACCAUUUUGGUGCAUAUACAUGUGAAUGGUGCAAAGCAUUCUAUCGACGAGUUACAAAAGAUCCACAUAUCGAAAUCAAACAUUCUUGUGAAGUUCGAUUACCAAAUAUAGCUAAGUUCAUUCGAAAAGAUUGUCGGGCAUGUCGUAAAGUUAAAUGUGAUCGAAUAGGAAUUACAGCUAUGUCAAAAGAUCGUACAUCGCGAACAACAGUCAAAGCUACAUCUAAAAUUUCUGCAAUACCUAUUACAGAUCUUCUCGAGCAACUCGGUCAUGAUCUGACAUACGAUCAAUUAUCAACAUCAUCAGCAUUAGAUAAUAUUCUUCGUAUCAUUGAUUUACCAUCAAUAAUGCCAUUGAAUUUUGAUUAUCAUUCAAUUUAUAUGAAUGCUAUUCAAAUUUGGAGAAGUCAAUAUAAUCAUUCAUCACAAAUUGUUGCUAACGCUGUAUUAAAUGAUAUAUUUGCUGUACUUCUUUUUCUCUUUUAUACUUUUAUAACAACGACAGAAAAUAAUGAUAAUAAAUCAACAAAUAAUAGUGAAUUUGAUAAACUUGUUAAUAUACUUCAACAAGAAAUUCAUCGUAUAACCGGUACUGAUCUACGGUCAGCUUGUCGAAUAAAAGCUUUUUUUAUGAAAUGUUAUGUUGCACUUGCUCAAUAUCCAAAUAGUACAAAUCUUCUUGAUGAUAAUAAUCAUAUAUCUCAAUCACGAUUCAUAUCUUAUCAACACUAUUCAGUUUAUAGUCAAUAA